CCUGCUUUUCAAAACUGACAUUCGCCAUAAUGGCGUCUUUCCUGUCUUGUUAGCGUCUUUUGGCAAAGUUAUCCAGAAAAACUGACCCAAUUAAAUGUUUACAGACGAAGCCAGUGCGUGGAUAGCCUGAAGGACAUCGCCGGUCAACUGGAUGGCCAGUGGGUUUCUUUUCAACAUGGACAUCGACGCGAUGGACGACGAAGCCUACGAAAUCUCCUCGGAACUGUAUGAGGAGCACGACUACACCUCCAAAGCCAAACCGACAAUAAACCCCAAAAAUGUGGUCAGCGAUUUUCACUUCGAGCUGCCCAGCUACCGCCUGACGGACAAGGAGGGCGACCUGCUAGUGGCCAGGAACAAAACCCAACUCUCCCAGUGCCUGGAAAUCGAACACAGCUACAGCACCAGCCUGGACCUGGUGGGUUUGCAGCUGUGGCGAGGAUCGCUGCUAUUGGCCGAUUGGCUGCUGGAUAACUCCGCCUCCUUUGCCCCACGCCACUCCAUCCUGGAGCUGGGCGCUGGAGUGGGGCUCACCUCCGUGGUAGCUGCGAUGUUUGCUCCAGUGAUUUGUACAGACGUGGACCGGGGGCAGAUUUUCCAGAUUAUCAACGCCAAUGUGAAUAGGAACCGGCACUUGGCCAAGCAUCCGGUUGAGGUGCUGCAGCUGGAUUUUACCGCUGAUGGUUUACCCGAAAAAGUUCUAGCAGCGCUGCCGCAAGUGAAAACUGUGAUUGCAGCGGAUGUAGUGUACGAUGACCGUCUUACAGAAGCUUUUGUUAAAACGGUGAAAAAAAUACUGGACAUUCCCCCGAGCAGGAGCGUGCUGAUCGCUCUGGAAAAACGCUACGUUUUUACCAUUAGCGACUGUGAUACGUGCGCGCCUUGCUAUGAGCAUUUCCUGGAGCAGCUGAAGGUCUUGGGCAACGUUACUAUUGAGGCCGUUCCCACCGAUUUUCCUCAAUAUUUCCGCUAUGAUCGCUGCAAAGAGCUGGUCCUGUGGAAGUUGACCUCAAAGUUCUGAAACCAGUCGCUGCUUCAAUAUAUUAUUUUUUUAUACAUAAA